AUGGCCGUGACUCUAGAGCAGGCCCAGCGGGUGGGCUGUGUCUGCCUGAAAGCACUCCUCAGGUUCGCUUUUAUGGUCGCCAAUAACCUGGUUGCUAUUCCGUCCUACGUCUUGUAUUUAAUUAUGCUGCAGCCUCUCCGAGUGUUGGAUAGUCAAAGCUUCUGGUAUAUCGAAGGAGUAUUAUUUAAGUGGCUUUUAGCUAUGGUGGCUUCCUGGGGCUGGUGGGCAGGAUAUACAGUAGUGGAAUGGGGUGAUGAUGUUAAUGCAGUAUCAGAAGAUGAAGCCAUGGUGCUGGUGAACCAUCAAGCAACGGGUGACGUCUGCACUCUGAUGAUGUGCCUUCAGGAUAAAGGCACGGUUGUCCGUCAGAUGAUGUGGCUGAUGGAUCAUAUUUUUAAGUACACGAACUUUGGCAUCGUGUCUCUAAUCCAUGGAGACUUCUUUAUAAGACAGGGAAGAGCACACCGUGACCAGCAGCUUGUGUUACUCAAGGAGCAUCUAGAAAAGUAUUACAGGAGCCGCAAUCGGAAAUGGAUUGUUUUAUUUCCAGAGGGUGGCUUUCUUAGGAAAAGGAGAGAAACGAGCCAGGCAUUUGCCAAGAAAAACAAUUUGCCAUUUCUUAAACAUGUUACCCUGCCAAGGCUUGGGGCAACGCAAGUAAUCCUGGAAACACUUGUAGCGCCGCAAGAAAACGGGACUCCUGCAGGUGGAGGUGCUGUGAUAAGAGAGAGCAAAUCAAAAGGCCUCCAGUGGGUGAUAGAUGCAACCAUUGCGUAUCCCAAAGGUGAACCUCUAGACAUCCAAACCUGGAUUCUUGGCUACCGACAGCCAACGGUGACACAUGUACAUUACAGGGUUUACCCAGUUAAAGAUGUACCUGCAGAGCCUGAAGCUCUUACACACUGGCUUUAUCAACGAUUCAUUGAAAAGGAGGAUCUCUUGACACAUUUCUAUGAAACAGGAGCUUUUCCUCCACCGCAGGGUCAAACAAAAGCUAUUUCUCGGGAGAUGACCCUCAGUAACCUGUGGCUAGUGGGCAUACAGUCCUUCGCGUUCCUCUCGGGUGGUAUGUGGUACUGCAUCUUUCAGUAUUUUUAUCAUUGCCUCUUUUAAAAGUGGAAUGGGACCUGAGGACACAAUGGGAAGCCAGGCUCUCGCAAAUGAGUAUCAUGUUGUAUGUGCAAAUGUGAAUAUCCAAGAGUAAAGGAAAAUACUGGACAGACUCUUACCUCUCCCCAGGGAAAUGUUGAACUCUGCUGAAAGUGAAGAUCAGUACCAUAGUGACCUGAUGAUGUAUGAUUUUAAGAGUUGUCUGUAUUUUUAAAGAUGUAUAUUCUCACCCACACUUAAGCAAACUCCGCAUUUGGACAAAAGGUGCAAUCAUACAACCACCGUAGAAGAAUGUCUGUGACAAGAAGGCUCUGUCACCACAAGUACUUCUUGGCAUUGUAGUUAGAGCUCAGAAAACUCAGCAACUUGUCUCUUCAGUAGCCUGUACAGCGUUGGUGUGGUAGAGAUUCCUCAUUUGCACAACUUGUACUUUAUUGCAGCUCAUUGUGCUGGAGUCAAAGAUACUCGACAGAGCUGGUGGCGGUAUCUUUGCAGCUAUGCAGUUGUUGUAUGAGACACAUUGAUCUAAACCCAAGUCCCAGAUGAGAUCCAGCAUCAGUUGUGUUUUGUGAGGGAUCAGUCCUCAACAAAAGCAUUGCAGCAUCGUAGUGUGAUUCAGAGCUCUCCACGUUUGAUGGAUCAGCCCAUCCUUGCUGUGGGUGUGCCAUUGGCUUCCCGAAUUCCGUGUGUUGCCAGUAUCUUGUGUUCUGAGGAAACUUGGAAAAUGAAAGUUCACUUGGUUAAUUUUCCCCUUUUGCUCAGAAUGCACCUCAGCCGUCAGUAUCAGCUUUGCAAAUGCACUUUUAAAGGUGAAAAGACAGUGAAGGAAAGACAUAAAGCUUAGGGAAUAGAGGGAAGCUUUAUUGGUCUCACAUCAGAAGCUGUUUCUGAAGGUCUGCUGCUGAUUUUGAGCCACCUUUGUGUUUUGUAUAGUGCAGUCCAACCAAGGUGACCUUUGGGUGCUUCAUUGAGGCCUUUCUCUCCCCGCUGGUUGCAACACCACUAAUUGUACUUGUGGGAGAGUUGAAAUAAUUCAAUGCCAACCAUCUUAAUGUUUUGCUAAGGAGUCAUAGAAGAAAAAAUAGGUUCUUAAAGAGAAAAAAAUAGGUGUAAUUUCUGUCAUAAAUCUAUAGGA